AUGAAGUACAAGUCUCCCGCUGUAGAAGAUUACGAAACCGACGGCAGCCCAGUCCCAGCCGCCGAAAAGCGCAAGCGAGACCAAAAAAUACACGAGACAUCGGAUCGCGACGACUCAGAGCAGCCUCCAAACAAAGUAUCGAAGUCAGCCAGUGAAGAAUCUAGCUCUAAAAAUGAGAACAAAGCGGAUCCUAACCUCAACAGCAAGGGAUGGAAUAAGGACAACAAAGGCAAACAAGGCCUAGGGGUGAAAACGGCCGCAAAACAAAACCAAAAACAUGAUGAAGAAGACGGUUUGGAGGGUGCUGAAGGGCAAUUCGAAGAUGAGGAGCAUGCUAAACCCUCGGAAUCACCAAAAGUGCACAAGAUUAUCGAGGAGUUUGGCCGGCAGCCACUAGAGGGCACUUCCCUUGCGAAGGGGCCGCUCAUUGCGUCUCCGGAGACGGUGCUUGCGAUGGUGCUUGACGCGAUGUUGAAGUCGCGGCCGAUUUCGCAUGAUCUUUCGCAGCGUGCGGUGACCGAGCUCAUUGACGAAGGUUAUCAUGACAUCAAAAAGCUGGGGGAAAGUAGUUGGGAGGAACGGACGAUGGUGCUAAAGGAUGGGGGGUAUAAUCGGUAUCGAGAGCAAGGUGCUACAAACCUGGGCGAUUUGGCGGACUUCGUCAAUGGACAGUACGACGGCGACCUUAAUAAUCUUCUGAAAAAAGCUGGGAACGACCGCAAAAGGACCAGAGAUUUGAUCAAGGGGAUCAAAGGACUGGGUGACCUUGGUGUCGAUAUCUUUCUUAACAACGUACAAUGCGUUUGGCCUUCCAUGGCCCCCUUCUUGGAUGCGCGUAGUCUCAAGACGGCGGAGGAGCUUGGUAUUGGUACAGAUCUCGAAGCGAUCUAUGAAAGCCUGAAUCGAGACCCAAUGAGGAUGAGCAGACUCGCAAACGGAUUGUCCCAUGUGCGGUUGGAUAAGAAGCAGCAAGAGGUGCAGGAAGUUUGA